AUGCUUUCCAUCCUCGUCCUCACUACUGCCUUUGCUGCUACGGUACUAGGUAACCCCUACAACCAGCCGCCCACGCCUAUUGUGACUCCUGCGCCUGAAUUGGUUGCACGUCAAUGCGCUGGCAUCGCUACCCACGUUGUCGCACAAGGAGAAACACUUUCAAGAAUUGCUGCUAAUCUCGGGGUUGGCGUUUGCAAUAUUGCUGCAUCGAACCACAUCGGAAACAUUAACACCAUCUACGCAUCGCAAACCCUGACCGUAAGAGCUUCUGGAUGCGAGCCUGUUAACAACGGACCUGGAUGCACGCUUCUAGCCAAGCCUGCAGCCGUCCAUAUAGCUGUUGCUGGGGAUACCUUCUGGAAACUAGCUGUUUCUCAGGGUAUACCAUUGCCUUCCAUUGUUGGUGCAAACCCAGCUAUUGCAAGCGAUGCAAUCCCUAUCGGAGCAGCGAUAGUUAUUCCAAUAGCACUCUAG